UAUUUUGCUGAAGAACAUGUAUCACCUCAUAGGUGUCAACAGUACUGUCUAGUUUCAACAGGAGACUUGAUGGCUAGCCCACAUACUGAUGCAAGGUGCAUACUCUUGGACAGUCCAAAGUUUACAGCAGCAGAGAAGAAAUUCAGAGGGCAUCCAAUGCCACUGAACAUUUUGCUGGAGAAGCAUAGCAGAGACUACCAAGCAUUUGUCCAUUGCAGAAUGCU